AUGGUCGACAGCUUCACGCGGUUCCUGCCGGGCCUGCGCAGCAGCAACAGCAGCACCCGGCACCGCGCAGCGCAGAGCUUGCGUCUGUACAUCGAGUCCGAGUCUCGCGACCUGUCGCAUGGACUCUAUAUGAAGUGGGUCACGGACAUUAGCGCGCGUCUGCUGCAACUGUGCAACGCGAACGAGAGCGCCGAUCGGAUGGGCGGUAUUGCAGCCAUGGACGAGCUCGUGGAGCUCUUCAUCGCCGAGCGCAACGACCAGACGAUCAUUGAGUUUGCCCACUCGCUCACGAGGGUGUUUGAGAAGAUCCCGAGCGCUGACCCGCCCAUGCUGCGCGUUGCCGCGAAGGCCCUGGGCCACAUUGUGUCAACGGGCGGGACGAGUCUCAUUGAGUUUGUCGAAGAUUACCACGUCAAGCCCGCGCUCGAGUGGCUCAAGAACGAGACGUUCCACGUGCGCCGACACGCUGCCGUCAUGAUCCUCAAGGAGCUGUCGAUCAACGCGCCGUCAACGUCGUUUCGGUACAUGGACAAGUACUUUGACUUUAUCUGGAGUGCCUUUUGGGACUCGAAAGUUGUCGUGCGUGUGAGUGCGAGUGAGUCGUUGCAGUCGUGCUUGAUGCUCAUUCAGCAGCGCGAAUCGAACCGCAAGACGUCGUGGUACAACCGCGCGCUCGAUGAAGCGGAGGGAGCAUUCAAGCGCAAUAGCUCCGAAGCGACACAUGGUGCACUGCUCAUACUGAACGAGCUGCUGCGCAAUACGGGGGACUUUAUGCACUCGCACUACGCGCGUGCUUGUCGACUGGUGUUCAGUCACCAAGACCACAAAAGCGCGACUGUGCGUUCUGCUGUGAUCAAUCUCUUUCCGCGUCUCGCCAAGUUUAACACGUCGGUGUUUGUGGAAAAGUGCUACCGGCCGUGCAUGAACCAUCUGCUUGAGGUGCUUUUCUCGGCAACAACGACGACGCGUCCUGAUGCGCUGCUUUCGAUUGGAAAGCUGUCGUUGGCGAUUGGACCGUUGUUAGCAAGAGACGAGCAGGCACUGAUGGCGGUGAUGAAUGGAAUCAAGAGCGGACUGCAAGUGCGCAAAAAAGACUAUGAUACACACCGAGAGGCACUUGCGUGUCUGCGCAUGCUGGCAGAGACUGUGGGGCCUGCGCUUAUUCGGGUCGACUUAGAGUCCAUGGUGGGGCCGCUUUUCCAGAAUGACUUGGAUUCAUCGCUGGUCGAGACAUUAACAACCAUUGCGAAGAGGAUCUUGCCCAUGAAGCCCGUUAUCCAGCAAAAGUUGUUUGAAAGGUUAAGCUCGAUUCUACGUUCGAGACAAAACGAGACUACCGGGUCAACCACAACUCCCACCAGUAGGCGGCUCAAGACAACCUCUAUUUCCGUGACAGGUGGAAUGCUGUCUAACCUGUUUCUUUCUGCGACGGGGUCAAAGACCAAUGGAGCAUCCGAAAGUGGUGCCACAUCAACCGACGUGUCAUCAGCGAUUGCAAUGCAAGCGCUUGCGCUAGAGACAUUGGCCAACUUCGACUUCCAGGGCAACCGGCUCAUCCCGAUCAUGUCAUUCGUCCACGAAACAGUGGUCAAAUUCCUUGACCAUGAAGUUGCUACCAUUCGUAAGAGUGCAGCACUCACGUGCUGUAAACUACUUCUACCAUCAAUCGAAGACCGCAGUGGUGGUGCAACAAUGACAUCGGAAGAUUUUGCUCGCCCUGUCACGUCAGUGCUAGAGCGCUUGUUAACAGUAGGUAUUGCUGAUACGGAGGCAAGUAUUCGUCUGCGUGUUUUGGCAUCGCUGGAUUCACGUUUCGAUCCGUUGCUGGCUCUAAACGACAACUUGCGAUGCCUUUUCAUUGCGUUGAACGACGAGGUGUUCAGCAUUCGUCAAACGGCCAUGAGUACGCUUGGGAGACUGACGCACCACAAUCCGUCCACCGUGUUGCCAUCUCUCCGUCAAACGUUGGUGCAGCUUUUGGCUGAACUGGAGUUUAGUGGGGACUCACGAGGCAAGGAAGAGGGUGCGCUUUUGAUUGGUUGCUUGUUGCGGUCAGCGUCACAGCUAGCUCAGCCGUAUGUUCUCCCUAUUCUCCGCGUUCUGAUGAAGAAUUUGCGUGAAGACUCCGAACGCCGUAGCCACAAUCGAAGCACGGUUAGUGUAAGCAAAGCUAUUUUGGCAACCUUGGGUGACUUAGCGGAAGUUGGAGCACAAGAACUGACGCCGUAUCUCGGCCAGCUGUUGCCAGAUGUUAUUGAUGAGAUGCGGGACUCUAGCAAUCCACAAAUCUUGCAAGUCGCUAUCAAAACUCUCGGCCAGUUGGUGUCAUCGACCGGCUAUGUAGUACUGCCUUACCACGAGUACCCGGAGCUACUGGACUUGCUCUGCCAAGCGUUGCAAAAGUCAGGUGAUGCUUUCGAAUCGUUACGGGUCGAAGCGGGGCGUACAAUUGGUGUCUUGGGUGCGCUGGAUCCGUAUAAUCUUCGUUUGUUCCACUUGCAACUGCAAGGUAAGCUCACGGAUGCAAAGAAGAAAGAGUUUUGCUCCAGUGCUUUUGCUGUCGGCGCCGGUGGAGUGUUCAGUCUGAUGGUCAACGCAGAUCCAUCCGAAGCACUGACAAGUAACGGAUUUGGCGCCGGACCUACGGAGGCUCAUAUUGGCAUUCGUAUUGGCAAACGAAUUGGCGGACAUGGGCUGCUAGAUGACGGCGCUGAGGAAGCUGCUCUUCAUCUCGAAGAAUCUCUGUUUUUGACGCCGACACGAAAGGUGGCCAAGAAUGACAAGCAAGUCAGUGGAAAACUGAGCAACAUCAUCUUGGAGAUUCCACCUAAUGAUCUGUUGCCAUCUAUGAUCUCCGACUCGUUCCAGUAUUUCCCUUCAGUGGCGAUCAACGCGUUGAUUCGCAUACUGCUCGAACCACGUAACUCGGUGCACUACCAGGGCACUUUUAUGGCUAUCAUGUACAUUUGCAAAAGCCAGCGGAAACGUGUGGGACAACACUUGGACAAGAUCAUUCCAGCGUUUCUCUACACUUUGGAGAAAGUAAACCGUUCACUGCGCAAAUUUCUCUUCGAGCAGCUCUGUGACCUGGUACGAAUUGUCGAGGAGCAGAUUCAGCCCCACUUGGACCACGUAGCACUGCUUUCAAUCGUCAACAGCUAUUGGGACGAACAUCUCGAAGAGGUCCUCAACUUGGUCAAGAAUCUGGCAAACUCGCUUGGCGAGAAGUUUCGUGUUUACUUGCCUGAUCUCGUUCCUCAGAUGUUGCGCGUGAUUCGGACGGAGCGUGACAACACCGCCCGGCCACGGACACUAUUGGUGCUGAAAACUGCCGUGUCUCUUGGACGCUUGCUGGAUGGAUAUCUUCACUUGAUUAUUCCAGCACUCGUGGCGCUCAUUCAGAGCGAUGCGGAUGUGAAUGCGAGGAAGCAAGGUCUGGGCUCACUCGGAUCGCUUGUGAAGAAGCUAAAUGUAAGCGUGUAUGCGUCGAAGAUUAUCCACAUGCUUGCGCGUGUGAUCUCGUCUCAGCCGGAGAUGGUGUAUCUGGCUAUGGAUUGUCUUUGCUGCAUGGUCUACACGAUGGGCGACGACUAUGCAAUCUUUGUUCCGAUUAUCAGCCAGGUCCUAGGUCGCAACACAUCGCGUUCGAACGACAUAUUCGAUCGCUACGAUCUCCUCGUGUCGAAGAUCUUGAAGUACCAGCCGUUGCCCGUGGCAUCAUGGGCGACGGAUCCACUUAAAUCACGUGCCGAUGCUUCGAGUGAUCGCAAGGAAUCGAAUUUGUCUGCCCAAGACGAAACGAAAAGCUUACCAUGCGACCAAAAAAACUUGAUGAAGGCAUGGGAAGCGUCACAGCGGUCCACGAAGGAGGACUGGAACGAGUGGAUUCUUGCUUUCUCGGUGGAAUUGCUCCGAGAGUCACCGUCACCUGUCCUACGAGCUUGCAAAGAGCUGGCUUCGGUGUACCAGCCUUUGGCACGAGAGCUGUUCAACGCAUCGUUCGUGAGUGUGUGGCCUCACCUGUCAUCGUCGACUCAGGACAACUUGAUUCGAGCUCUGGAGUCAGCCUUCCAAUCGCCCCAUUUGCCAUCUGAGAUCCUGCAAACGCUGCUCAAUCUUGCUGAGUUCAUGGAGCAUGAUGAUCAACCUUUGCCGAUCGAUAUUCGGUUGCUUGGAUCAUUGGCUGACAAAUGCCAUUCUUUUGCCAAGGCUCUUCACUACAAAGAGCUUGAGUUCAACACCAAUCCAAGCACCGAUGGGAUCCAGGCACUCAUCAGUAUCAACUCGAAGCUGAACCAGCCGGAGGCGGCGCGCGGUAUUCUGAAAUAUGCCUUGGAAAAGCUGGCGGGUAUCGAAGUGAAGGCUUCGUGGCACGAAAAGCUUUUGCGCUGGGACGACGCGUUAGCAACACACGACCGUGUACUGCAAGAACAGCCGAAUAAUGUGGAGUCUAUCUUUGGCAAGAUGCGUUGCCUGUGGGCAAUUGGCGAGUGGCGUAAGCUGAAUGACCACGUCCAAGAGACAUGGUCCAAGAUUUACGGCGAGAGUCAAGACUUGAACGGUGAACACACAGAUGGCGAAACGUUGCUGGAUGUGCCUCCGGCUUUGAAAAAAGAGUUAUGCAGUAGUGGCGCUCGGGUGGCCUUUUCGCUGCAGAACUGGGACUCGAUUCCGAAGUACAUCAACUCGGACAUGGAUGCUACAGAGUCGCAUCUGUUCAAAGCAGUUGUGUCGAUACGACGUAUGGAGCUGGAUGAAGCCAUGGGCUCCAUUGCUGAUUGCCGAAAAGAGAUGGAUCCGACGUUGCGUUCCCUGGUGAGCGAGAGUUAUGCGCGAGCGUAUCUUCCAUCUAUUGUAAAUUUGCAGAUGCUGACGGAGUUGGAGGAGAUAGUCGCCUAUCUGAAAACAUUCGCUUGCAGGAACAACGGUGAGCUUACGCUUUUGUCAGCGCCUGUGUCAUCGUCAUCAAUGUCUGCGACCGCAUCACGUCGCAAACAAAGCAUCAGUAGUCUUAACUUUGUGUCCUCGGCGCCGUCAACAUCGUAUGGACAUGAGAAACAAGUAGCACUGAAGAAACUGCAAACGAUCUGGACUAGACGAAUGCUAGGAGUGGAGCGCAGCAUCGAAGUGUGGCAGAGCCUCAUGUUGGUGCGAUCGCUGGUGUUUGAUCCCAAGGAAGACGUUGAUAUCUGGCUGAAGUAUGCACGUUUGUGCUUGAAGUCGGGGCACAUCAACCUCGCUGCUAGCGCUCUAUGGCGCGUUGGCGCACAACCGUUUAUUCGCAGUGUCGAACGAGACCCCUACGCACCGAUCCCGAUCAACCUCGGUGGCAACGUCGGAGCCAGUCAAGGUUUUGCGAAUGGGCUACUAAGUCUAGCGGAUAGCACGGCGCAGGACCCGCGUGUGGCGUUUAGCUUUUUGCGACAUUUGUGGGCAGAAAACCGCGAAGACGUGGCUCUGAAGCAAAUGGAUUACUUCAUCGAGGCUCUGGAGCAGCACGGAGAUCCAGCAAAUGAAGAUAUGCGCAGGCUGCGUGUUCAAGUGUACAUCCAACUCGGCGAAUGGCAAAUGUCCCUGUCAGAGCCGCACAAGCAAGCUGAUGGAGCGUUCGACCAUGUCCUCGAGUGUCUGGAGACCGCGACAAAGUUGGACCCGACCAAUGAUCGCGCGUGGCACGAGUGGGCCCUCAUGAACUUCAGGGCACUUGAAGCUACCAUGAAGGAAUUUGGCCAAGGAGACCCAAAGCGUUAUGCUGUUCGGGCCAUCCAGGGUUUCUUCCGGUCAAUCUCGUUCGGUCACACGAGUUAUGAUGUGACGAAAGACGUUUUGCGCUUGCUGACACUCUGGUUCGCGCAGGGCAAUCGUAGCGACGUCCACAUAGCGAUGGUCGAGGGUUUCCACGAGGCGUCUAUUGAUACGUGGUUGGAUGUCAUUCCGCAGCUUAUUGCGCGUAUUGACACGCCGAACCCGAAAACGAGCGAGCUACUGCAUGAUCUGCUCUCCCGAAUCGGACAGGCACAUCCUCAGGCGCUAAUUUACCCUAUCACUGUGGCGUCGAAGGCUUUACACCCUACUCGAAAGCUUGCGGCCGAAGGAAUUCUUGCUGCUGUGCGCCGACAUAGCUCUCAGCUCGUGUACGAGGCUGAUAUGGUGUCGCGCGAGCUCAUUCGUGUGGCCAUCUUGUGGAAUGAGUUGUGGCACGGUGCUCUCGAAGAAGCGUCGAAGCACUUCUUCAAUAAUCGCGAUGUGACUGCUAUGAUAGCUGAGCUAGCUCCACUUCACGAGCUGAUGGAUCAAAUUGGCACGGAGGAAACACCCACACUGCGUGAGGUAGCGUUCUACCAAGCGUUUGCGCGAGACCUCAAGUACGCGAAGGAAUGGACAAACGUGUACGAGCGCACAAAGAGCCUGGACGAUUUGAAUCAAGCGUGGGAUAUCUAUUACAGUGUUUUCUCCAAGAUCCGCAAGCAGCUCGCAAACCUUUCUGCGCUGGAACUGGCCAACGUCGGACCGAAGUUGCUGUCAGUGCGCAAUCUCGUGCUUGCGGUACCAGGCACGUACAAGGCUGGUGCCCCGAUUGUCCGUAUCCAGUCCUUCGAUACUAAAGUCACAGUACUCACGUCGAAGCAGCGACCGAGAAAGGUGUCGAUCAACGGAAGCGAUGGGAAAGCGUACCCGUUCCUGCUCAAAGGACACGAGGACUUGCGCCAGGAUGAGCGGGUGAUGCAGCUCUUUGGCGUGAUCAACACACUGCUGGCCAACGACAGCGACACCAGCAAACGCAACUUGGCUAUUCAGCGGUACUCGGUGCUGCCAUUGUCCCACACGAGCGGCUUGAUCGGAUGGGUGCCCAACUGUGACACCUUGCACCAGCUUAUCCGCGACUACCGUGAGGCGCGUAAGAUCCAGCUGAACGUCGAGCACCGUCUGAUGGUGCAGAUGGCCCCAGACUACGACAAGCUGCCGCUCAUGCAGAAGGUUGAGGCAUUCAAAUAUGCACUAGGCGAGACGACGGGUCAAGAUCUCUAUCGCGUGUUGUGGCUGAAGAGCCAAGACUCAGAAGUAUGGCUCGACCGCCGCCGAAACUUCACGCGCUCGCUAGCUGUCAUGUCGAUGGCUGGGUACAUCCUUGGUCUCGGUGAUCGUCACCCGAGCAAUCUUAUGCUCGAUCGUGUGUCCGGCAAACUCGUUCACAUCGACUUUGGUGACUGCUUUGAAGUAGCGAUGGAGCGCGACAAGUACCCGGAGAAAAUCCCAUUCCGACUGACACGCAUGCUUACGCAGGCAAUGGAGGUUAGUGGCAUCGAAGGCAAUUUCCGGUACACAUGCGAAGCAUCGAUGCGCGUACUUCGUGACAACCGCGACUCGCUUAUGGCAGUGCUGGAGGCUUUCGUGUACGACCCUCUCAUCAAUUGGCGUUUGCUCAAGAAAGACACUGUGCCGUCCCACGCGCAGCCUGAGGAUGAUAGUGCAGGCGGUGCUGAGCCGGGAGGAGGCACUGAAGGCGGCGCGAACGCUAGCGGUGGUGAGAGUUCCAUGCGUGUCAGGCGUGAAAGCGAAACUGAUGUCGACGACGAUGGCGAUGAGGAAGGUGAUGCUGCAAACGAUGGGACUUUGGACGAGGACAAGCUGCUGGAGAAUAGUGUGAAGAGCUCGACGUCAUCGACCACCGUGACUCCUAGGAGGCGCCGCAACUCUUCAUCGGAGGCCGCAAUGCUGGGCUUUAACAUGGACAUGCUCGACUCAGCAAUGGCGCGCAACUCGAUGGCAGAAGGGCAGCGCGACAACUUCGGCACGUCGUUCGUGGCAGCUGCACACCCGCAAUUGAACGAGAAAGCAUUGAGCGUCAUCGAGCGCGUCAAGAAAAAACUCGCUGGUCGCGACUUUGACGACGGAAGCAAAGUGCUGACGGUCGACGCACAAGUGGAUCGGCUGAUCCAUCAAGCCACGUCGCACGAGAACUUGUGCCAGCUCUACUACGGUUGGUGUCCAUUCUGGUAG